AUGUCAAACAACAGUGAAGGUAGGCCCAAACUACCCUUUUUAGAAAUAUCAUAUGAUUCAUUGCGAAAUCUGAAAGAUUCAGAUGUCGACUUCCAAAACCUGCUCCGUGUGUGGACAACGUUGACGAAAUCCUCAGACUCCAUCAGAAAUGGCAAACGACUGGAAAAUAUUAGUUGGAGAGUUGUGAAUCGCAAACUGCUUCUUAAUCCUUUGAAUCGUGAGGACUCACUUGAUCCCAUGGACUUUCAAGCCCUCAGCCGAAUCUCUCUCUGCCGUGGUUCUUCACAGCCCUUCUUGGCCGAGUAUAAGAGAAAGAAUAAUAAGAAGGGCAAAAGCGAGCAAGCUAGGCCAACUUCUGAUCUGAACCACGAUUCGAUCAUGUCGAGUCUGGAGAAGAAGAAGUUGCAAAACGGUAUCGAUCAGUCCAUUCUAGAGAUACCUAAACAGCCUAGCCUGUUUGCUAAACCUCUACCUCGGCCAGAACCACCCAGCCUAUUUCAGAAGAAAGAGGCUAAAUCAUCGGAGAACAAAAGGCACAUGUUUUAUUUACAUUCGCCGUCACCUGUUGAUGAAAACCCCAUGGAAAAAUGUCCUUCACAGUCUCUCUUCUCACAGACACAACAACCGUUACCUGACAAGCCUGCAAACUCCACUUCGUUGUUUGGCAACUCCAAGAAUAAAACAACCUCGUUAUUCGGAAACGAGGAUCGCAAGGAGAUUGUGUUUACCAGUGAUGAAUCGCUGUCCGAUGAUUCUCAAUGGUCAAGUGUUUCUGACUCAGAGGAGAGUGAGGAAGAAGAGCCCCGGUUGGACUUCCACAAGAAAGAUUUCCCCGUCGAGACCAAACCAGCCAUGAGAAGGUCUCUGUUAUCAGGUUUGUUUCUUCAUGAACUCCCGCACCGAAAUUCUGAACCAAACAUACAUGGUCAACUAUCUGGCACAAAAAUGUACCAGAAUCCCACAAAUGCAUCAUCCAAGACAUCCAUAGCGACUGAAAGUACCACCAUAGUAAAUCCAAAAAUAAAACCACCUCUACUGAGGACAAAGACUGUGCCCAAUGUUAAUCAUAGUGCUGAAAGAGAAGUCUUAGAAGUGUCAUCAUCUCAGCUUGCUAAAUCAACUUUGUCAUGUACCAAUAUCACUGCUAUGGCAUCUGUGUCUACUGCAAAGGAUGCCAGACCGCUUUUGAAACGCCAAUCAUCCCAUGACGUAACAAAGAAUGACGAAGUCAGCUCUUUAUCAAAGUUGGUGUCUCUGUCAAAGCUGAACCUUACUUCAUAUUUUGCUGGAAAGAACAACAAAUCUGGCCAUCACCACAAGUCUGAAGUGUCUACAGCUAAUUCUAACAGGGUUCCUGCGACUGCUAGGACAUUACUACCUACGGCCCUUUCAACGCACAUGUUCCUACCGACAAUGGCCAAUUCUCGCCCUUCUACGUUGGCUCAGGUUGUUGAGGCUAAAGAAGAUGAUUCUUCGGUAGAUGGAAGUGUCCGAAUGUCCCUGAAUGCGUCUCGUCGUAAUUCAGAACAAAUAGAAGUUGGCAUACCGCGCCCUUCCACACCCGCUGGUUCCAACGUUGACGUCGUUCGAAAUUCUUCCAUUGAAAUUCCCGGAUCCUCCGACUCCAAGAGUUCUAAUUAUCGCAGAGACAAGACCCCUGAUAGGGACGGUCUAGGUGGUAAAGGCUCCCAGGGAGCUACUGCAUUAUCACCUCGUUCCACCAAGAAACGUAUGUUAGCAUCUGAACUAUCUCAGUCGUUACGAGAACAGAUUCUGUAUGAAUUGGAAACUGCUCCUGAGAACCAUGCGCAAACAGACAAUCCAUAUCUGGCCCACAAAAUCCGCCAUGGCCAAGAAUUCCUGGAUGAUGACAAGCUCUUAGACGAGCUGAUCGAUAAAAACGAUCCUGGCCAAAUGAGAGAACAGCGUCUCAAGAACAUGAGUUCUACCAAGUUAGAGGUAGUCCCCAAAACCGUUCUAAGUGAUGAGGACGACGACAAUAUGAGUUAUUUCGCCAAGGGAUGGUGA